CUCUUCGAAAUAGACUUAUAUUUCGCAUGAAGAUGGCACAUAAAUUGAAAAAUGUGAGGGACAGAUUGGAAGCCAUUUCCAUGGAGAGAUCAAAGUUUCAUUUGAGAGAGGGAGUUAUAAAUAUGGAAGUUCUUGAUAUAGAAAGGCGACAAACUAGCUCAAUUGUGAAUGAAAGUGAGAUUUAUGGAAGGGGGGGAGAGAAAGAAAAGAUAAUUGAAGUGUUGCUCACUGAUGUGUCUAAUCAAGAUAAUCUUGCCAUUUAUGCUGUAUGGGGUAUGGGGGGCCUGGGAAAAACAACACUUGCACAGUUAGUCUACAAUGAUGCACGGGUGGAGAGGCAUUUUGAGAUGAGAAUUUGGGUUUGUGUAUCAGAUGAUUUCCAUAUAAGAAGGUUGGUGGGAGCGAUCAUAGAGUCCAUUGAUGGAAAUGCAUGUAGUCUUUCAGAGUUGGAUUCACAACAGCAACGCCUACAAGAAAAAUUGCGUGGGAGGAGAUUUUUACUUGUUUUGGAUGAUGUCUGGAAUGAGUACCAUGACAAAUGGGAUGGCCUAAAAGCUGCACUGAGGUGUGGGGCGAAAGGGAGUAUGGUUAUAGUGACAACUCGGAUUGAAAAAGUUGCACUUAUGAUGGCCACACUUCCAAUACAUCACAUGGGAUGUUUGUCAGAGGCUGAUUCUUGGUCCUUGUUCAAGGGACGUGCAUUUGGGAUGGGAAGGGUAGAGGAGAACUCAGAAUUGGAAUCAAUUGGCAAGGAAAUAGUGAAGAAGUGUGGAGGGAUACCUCUAGCAAUAAAGGCUCUUGGAAGCCUCAUGAGCUUAAAAAAUAGGAAGAGUGAGUGGUUAUUUGUGAAAGAAAGUGAAAUUUGGGAUUUGCUAGAAGGUGAAAAUUCCAUCUUACCUGCCCUAAGGUUGAGUUAUCACCAUUUACCCCCAUAUUUGAAACAAUGUUUUGCUUACUGUUGUGUAUUCCCCAAAGAUCAUACGCUUGAGAUGGACACAUUGAUACAAUUGUGGUUGGCUAAUGGUUUUAUUCCCUCCAAAGGACUAUUAAAUUUGCAUGAUGUUGGCCGUGAUAUCUUCAAUGAAUUAGUUUGGAGAUCAUUCUUUCAAGAUGUCAAGGAGGAUGUUCUUGGUAAUAUAACAUGUAAAAUGCAUGAUCUUAUGCAUGACCUUGCCCAAUUUAUUAUGAUGCUUGAAUGCUCUACGGUGGAAUCGGGUAAAGAAAUGAAAGUUUCAAAAAGGAUUCGUCACUUGUCUUUUACCAUGAGCUCAGAAGUGAUUCCUUGGACUAAGGACAUAUACAAAGUUCAAUCUCUACGCUCAUGCAUCCAGACAACACCUGAUUAUAACCGUCAAUAUAAAUCUCUUUUGCCCUUGUUAUCGAAGCAAAAGUAUCUUCGGGUAUGGGAUUUUAGAUGUGCUAUUGAGGAAGUACCAAGGUCCAUCAUCAAUUUAAAACAUUUGAGGUAUCUCGACAUGUCUUAUUCUAGAAUCAAAAUUUUACCUGAAUCAACAACUUGCCUUUUGAACCUAGAAGUGCUGAAACUAGAUUACUGUUAUAAUCUUUUAGAGUUACCCAAUGGUAUGAAGCACAUGAAAAGUCUGACAUAUCUAGGCCUCACUAACUGUUAUUUCCUAACUCAUAUGCCCAAAGAAAUGGGACAACUAACUUGUCUCCAUUCAUUGAGCUUAUUCAUUGUUGGCAAGGAUGAUGGUUAUCAAAUAAAUGAGCUGAAAGGACUUAAUCUUCGGGGUGCGUUGUGCUUAAAGGAUCUUGAUAACGUAACAAAUUUAAUGGAUGCCAAAAAUGCCAAUUUGAUUGGGAAAGAAAAUCUUCACUCAGUGAGUUUGGUUUGGCGAAGAGAAGACAAGAGCAAUAUACCAGCAAAUGUAGAAGAUGUUCUUGACGGUCUCCAACCUCAUUCAAAUCUGAAAAAGUUGUGCAUAAAACAAUACGGUGGUUCAAAGUUUCCAACAUGGAUGGAAGAUUUACUUCUUCAAAAUCUGGUUGAAAUUUCACUAGAAUGUUGUGAAAGAUGUGAACAUCUUCCACCUCUAGGGAAACUAUCCUUCCUUAAGGAUCUUUUUAUAAGUGGCAUGGCUGCUGUGAAGUAUCUUGGCAAUGAGUUCUAUGGGGACACUGUUAUUUCAUUCCCAUCAUUGGAGAGAAUGGAUUUAUGGGGGAUGGCUAAUUUGGAGGAGUGGAGAACAGUGCGUGGAAGAGAAAUUUUCCCCCGCUUAAGCACAUUAGUAAUCUGGCACUGCCCAAAGUUAGUUGAAUUGCCUUUUAUUCCUUCGAUUACAAGUUUGGAUAUGGGAGUAAACAAUGCAAUGUUAAUUAGGUCAGUAAUGAAUCUCACUUCACUUUCUUCCCUUCUGUUUUUUGGAUGCCAGGAUUCACCAGUUCUUCCAGAUAAUCUGUUGCAUAAUCAUAAAAUGCUUACAUCCUUAGAAAUAAAUGGACUACGCAAUCACAAGUCACUAAGAAUUGGGUUGGAAAAUCUUUCAGCAUUGAAAAGUCUGAAUCUUGAGUGUUGCUACGAUCUCGAAACUCUUCUUGGAGUCCAAAACCUACGUUCUUUGGAAUACCUACAUAUGCAGGCCUGUAGAAGUCUUAUGUUUUUUCCUAAGAACGUUUUGUUGGGCUUAUCUUCACUUCGGACCUUGAGUAUAUGCAAUUGUGAGAAAUUCUGCACUUCAUUGGAGGGAAUUCAAUAUUUAACUACACUUGAAGAAUUAAGUUUUAGGGGAUGUAAUGAGCUAAUAUCACUACCAGAGAGUGUUCAACAUCUAACUGCUCUGCGUUCUUUGAUAUUUUUAGAUUGUAAAGGAUUAUCUUCUCUGCCAAAACAGAUGGGAUCCCUCACCUCACUUUCACAUUUGAUAUUUUGGGGCUGCCCUAAUCUAAUGUCUGUACCAGAGGGGUUGCAGAAACUCACUGCACUCAAGAGUCUGCAAAUUAAAGGUUGUCCAAAUUUAGAGAGGCGGUGCAAGAAACAUAGUGGCGAGGAUUGGCGUAAAAUUGCUCACAUUCCCAACAUUCAAAUCUAUCCUGGGAUUCAUGGGGGAUGCUUCGGAAAACUGAAGUUUUGCUAAAUUGGUAAGGUUUGAGAGUAGAGCACAGAACCAUUUCACAGCGAUAGUAUUGGCAAAUGUCAUGCAGGGAAAUCUUUGUCCAAAUUAAUUCAUGAGGUCCCUGAAGGGCUUGUAGAUGAGUCAGGGAUUCCAUUAAACAAGGGGAAUAUUUACAUUGCAAAGACAAGCCCCCACAGUGUGCUUACAGGCGUUCAUAAAUCUUUUUGAGGGGACUUCACAUUAUUUCUGAGAUCGCAUCCUCAAGAGAUGGUCUCUAGUGGUCAUAUGGUCCUUACUAUCAUUGGCAGUGACAGGAAAGCUGAUUCUUCUGGCAACCAGAGUUGCACCAUCUGGGAGUUACUAGGAAUCACAUUAAAUGACAUGGUCCAAGAGAUACAGAACCCACUUUGCCUCCUCUUUCCCCCUGCAGAAACACAUGGUUGGCUUGGGAUUGCUUCUUUGCCCAUUUGAAUCCAAUGUUGACAUUGUCCAG